AAGUACCACGGACGUUCGUCUGUAACGAAAACAAAGGAACACACAUGUCUCAUGUCACUGACGUUUCUGUUGAUUCAACGAUUGCAGUGACUGCAGCUAUUGUUUAUCACUUUGGUGCAUUGAUUUAAAGUGAUAAUAUUGUGAAUCAGGCUGUUGUUGUUCUCAACAGUAGCUCAAUUAUUAUUUAGUGAAGUUUAAUCAAAUUGACGGCAACGAAAUUAUGUGGAAAUUACUGGAACCUGGCAGCUCACCCGUCGACUGGUGCGAGGGUAAUUACAGUAUUUCACCCCUCAUUGCUGAGUUUACGAAUACACUCAGCAAUUUGGUAUUUCUACUGCUGCCGCCGAUUCUAAUGCAUCUAUUCAGGGAUUACGGUAGAUUCGUUAAUCCCGCAAUUCAUGUCAUCUGGUUUCUUCUCAUGGUCGUUGGAUUAAGCAGUGCUUAUUUUCAUGCCACACUCUCGUUAAUAGGACAACUUUUGGAUGAACUUGCGAUACUCUGGGUCUACAUGGCUGGAUUCUGCAUGUUCUUCCCUAGAAGAUACUUUCCUAUUUUCAUGAACAAUGAUAGGAAGAUAUUCUCUGCCCUUGCCGUGCUGGCGACUGUGAUUGCCACUGGAUUAGCUCUUGUGCAUCCGGCCAUCAAUGCAUUUGCACUUAUGUGCUUGGGGAUACCAGCAUUUGCAUAUAUGUUCAUAGAGCUCAAGCGAACCAAAUCAGCAAGGGUAUAUCGACUAGGGGUUCGUUGUGGUGCUAUUUGGCUCUUGGCAGUUGCCUGUUGGUUAAACGAUCGCUUAUUCUGCGACACGUGGUUAAGUCUGAAUUUCCCGUAUCUUCAUGCACUCUGGCACUUGUUUAUCUUCAUCGCAAGUUACACGGCAACUGUCCUCUUCGCAUACUUCUCAGUCAAACAAGAGAGACCGCAACAACAGCCACUGCUCAAAUACUGGCCCCGAGACAACUUCGAGCUUGGAAUACCGUAUGUAACGAUCAGGAGUUAUAUGCGUCUCGAUAACAACACGAAUAUCUAAGUGAUGAAUCAUCGACUUUUGCAUUGACAGGAUUUUUAUAUCGCGGGCAUUCAGUAGUUUGAUUGGGAGAAAAAAUUCUAUUGGAUUUCUAUUAAAAUUUCUAUGAGGUUUUGUUGGAAUUUGACAGCAGCUACACAAAAACAAAACUCAAUGGAAGUUGAGAAGUCUCCCCUUUAUUUUGUUUAAUUUUUUUGAUGAGUAGAAUCAAGAA